AUGAUCUUCUGCACAUUGAUGGCAAUGGAGGGACCAAUUCUUUGUCGCCCUAUAAUGCAAGCAAGGCUUCCUGCUGCCCUUGUCAACAACUCAUUGAUCAAAUCUGGGCAGCUUGGCACUGCAUUCUUGGGUGCUGUGUCUAAAUACCGCAACAUUACUAGACUAGUUUCUCCAAUCUCUCAGUCAUCUUCAAAGAACUUUGGUCCUAUUUGUCGUAGCUUCAGCUCCUCAUCUGAUGGUAAUGGAUACAUGGCUGGAAACUUCAAUGAGAAUGAUGAAGAUUAUGUUAAUUCCACUGUGCUUGAAGCUGUUGAGGUCAGAAGUGGAUCAGAAGGAUAUAUAGUAAAGAUGCGAGAUGGGAAAAACCUGCGGUGUGUGCAUAAUAAUUCUCAAGGGAGAGAGAUUCCAGAGAGUGCACCACAACCUGCUAUCGUUUUGAGAAUUGAAGAUGGAAGUGGAACUUUACUUCCAAUCAUUGUUUUGGAGAUGCCAAGUGUACUUCUGAUGGCUGCUAUUCGCCAUGUUCAUAUUGCAAGACCUACCAUAUAUCAAGUUGUUAAGGAACUGAUCGAUAAGAUGGGCUAUGAGGUAAAACUUGUUCGGGUAAACAAAAGAAUUCAAGAAGCAUACUGUGCCGAGCUUUAUCUAACAAAGAUUGGAGAUCAAACAGAGAGUAUAACAUUUGAUCUUCGGCCUUCGGAUGCUAUCAAUAUUGCUGUUCGCUGCAAGGUUCCUAUACAAGUACAUAGGAGUCUUGCAUACAGCGACGGCAUAAGAUCAGUCGAGCCAGCAAAAUUGGUGGCUGCAGGUGGCCUUUCAGAUGGUUUAUUGUUUACUGAACUUGACAGACCUGAUGGAGAGCCCUGCGUUGAAGCUCAAGAGUUCAGUUUGGUGCGAAACAUGUUCAUUGCAGUUGUUGAAGAGAGAUACAAAGAUGCAGCAACAUGGAAGGACAAACUAAUGAGGCUGAGAUCUAAGCGGAAGAACUGGGCCUGA